CGUUAGUGUUACGUUAACGGUCGUUGUGCGUUGGAGUCCGUAAUAGAUAGCUCAGGAAACGCGCGGUUAACGCAGAACUGUUGCUUGCAGGAUGAGUUGUUAAUGUCCGUCGCGUCGCAAUGUCCAACAAAGAAGAUAAAAAUAAGUCAUCGGGAUCGGCGUUGAAGUGUUGCCAGAGCAAUGAGUCGUUCGGUUCCAACGAUUCCAGCGAAAACGACGUCUUGUGCGAGGUAAAAAACUCUUGUGUCGGUUUGCCGAAACUCAACGUUAGCGACGUCGCGAUGGUCAAAGAUACCGUCCAGUACAAGUUCCCCAAGAAGCAACAGGUCGAUUUGGAGUUCGACAAUGUUUACUUCAGGUCGUCGAGUUGGUCGCUGAGGAAAUUUCAGAAAGAAACGAAAACCAUACUCCACGGUGUGUCUGGGAAGUUUAAAUCCGGAGAGUUGUCCGUAAUUAUGGGCCCGUCCGGGGCCGGAAAAAGCACCCUGUUAAACAUUUUGGCUGGGUUUGUAACUCGAGGAAGUACGGGUAAAGUGACGUUGAACGGCAUGCAGCGAGACAACAGCCCGCGUUUUAGAAAGUUGUCGGCUUAUAUUCCGCAAGAGGAAGAACUGCGAUUAGCUUUGACAGUGAAAGAGGCCAUGACCUUCGCCGCUAACCUGAAACUAGGUUACUCCGUUUCCCAUCAGUAUAAGGCGCAACAAGUUGUUGAAAUAUUGGAGUUACUGGGUCUAGACCAAUGCCAUCACACGUUGACUUCUAGAUUAUCGGGAGGUCAGCGCAAGAGACUCGCCGUCGCGUUGGAGUUGUUGAGCAACCCCCCGAUCUUGUUCCUGGACGAACCCACGACAGGAUUGGACAGUUCGUCUUGCAGCCACUGCAUUUCUCUCUUCAAGCGGCUGGCACAAGAAGGUCGGACGAUCAUUUGCACGAUUCACCAGCCGUCAGCUUUGCUCUUUGAAAUGUUUGACAAGCUAUACGCUUUGGCGGACGGCAAAUGCAUUUACGACGGUCCAACCAGCAGCCUUGUGCCUUAUUUGGAUAAAUUCGGGUUGAAAUGUCCACCGUAUCACAAUCCGGCAGAUUUUCUUAUGGAAGUUGCCAUAGGCGAGCAUGGCACUGAUCUGAACGUGUUGGCUGACGCAUCCAAAGAAAUUCAAGAACACAGUAGCGUAGUGUGCAGCAAAGAGCAAGAAAGCUUACUAAAUUGCAGCGGCAAAGGGGCGGUAGAUCUGAUGUCAGCCGAAGAACCUUUCACUUCGCCGGCCCCCGUCAUAAUGCAAUUUUUCUUACUGUACAAGAGAAGUCUGUUGGCCGCCAAGCGAAAUUACAUGUACUCAGUGAACAGACUGCUAGCCCACGUGCUUAUCGGAUUCAUCUUCGGGUACCUGUACAAAGGGGUGGGGGCAAACGCGAAUCAAAUAUUGGCAAAUUACGUGUAUCUAUACGGGACUAUGCUGCUCAUCGUCUACACAGGCAAAAUGUCGGUCACGUUAUCAUUUCCGCUAGAAAUGCGAAUACUUACGAGGGAACAUUUCAAUAGAUGGUACAAUUUAACACCGUACCUGUUGUCCAUAGUGCUAAUCGAAAUUCCCUUCCAAGUGAUUUGCACGUGGAUCUAUAUCGUGAUUAGUUAUUGGUUGACCGAUCAACCUGUGGACUUCAGAGUAUAUCUCUUCGUAUUGUUUUGUACCCUGGGCACCCUAUGUGCCCAAUCCAUGGGAUACUUUAUUGGGGCGACCACUCCUACCAAGAUCGCGGUAUUUAUCGGGCCCGUCAUAGCGUGCCUCUUCUCCAUAUUCGGUUUCUGUAUAAGGUUAUACGAUACGCCGCUGGUGUUCAGAUGGCUGUUUGCAAUCAGCUACUUCCGCGCAGCCUUUCAGGGAAUUGUAUAUUCAGUCUAUGGGCUAAACAGGGGCAAACUGUUUUGUCCGGAGGAUGAAGUUUACUGCCACUACGAAGACCCGAAUAAAUUCCUAAAGGAAAUGGACAUUAUGAACGUCGACUUGGUGUCCAACAUUUCACUCGUUGUAUUCAUUUGGUGUCUCAUGCACGCCGCGACUUAUUUAACCUUGUGGUUCAAACUGAACAAGCGGUAAUUCGGCGAGCGGAGCGAGCGUACUGCUUGCAUUUGUAAAUAAUUUGAUAAGCGUUUUUCUAAUGCUACGAGCUUGCCAGUGAUCGAAGUACUUCUUGCCUUAAUGUGGUGGGUAAUUAGAAAACUGUACCAAAGAAUACCGAUUUAUUUAUAAUCGAAUCACCCAAUUUAAGUAUUAUGUUUUUCAUAUUAUGUCAUUUGUUAUAUAAGUUUUGUUGAUGGUAUUUUAUAUUUUUAUAAUCCGUUUUGCUUUUGCUCCAUAGCGUUUUAGGAAUCGUUGGUUAUGUGUACUUAACUAAUCUCUUAGUUUGCCAUGAGAGUAGAUGCUUACAGCUAUUAGAGGCUUAUUCGUUCCACGUUUUUUGAGAUAUAUAAAUAUUUCAGUUGGCAAAAAAAAAUUAUUUUCAGCUCUCUUAUCGUCAGUCAAACGGAAUUGCGUGUGUUUUUAUUAAAGAGUAGUUAUUGCUGCAAAUGUUGGUAAUAAAAUGCACAAUAAAUAGAAAAAUCAACAA